AUGCAUAGUAUGCCACACGCCGUCUAUCUUACUACUCCUCCAAGCUCUGUUGUAGGGUCUAGUCAUGACUAUAAUAGCAGUGAUGAACUUCAAUCUGCUCGACUGCUCGUUCAGACUCCACCUAGCUCUCCACCUGAACCACCACAGAUUUACUGUGUCCACAAUGACAGGAUUCAGAAACAUGGCAGCCAUCCUACAAUAGGACAUUCCUGGCUCAAAUCACCCCCCAAACAUCAACGAUCACCAUCAUCUGACGACACCUCUCCUGAUUCAGAAAAUGAGCUCUUCACAUUCCCACGCAUACCUCCCUUAAUGGACUGCCUGCCUAGCAUUGUGGGGUGUGCACAGAAGAGGUUUAGGCCUUUUGAGCAGCCCCAUGGUUUACUGCCUAAUGCAUUGGAACUCCGGUUUUCUCAAAGGUGUCUUGAACCUGGCGAGACUGAUAUAAGUCUAGCAGAUAUCCAAGAGGGCAAAGACAUCCUCAUGUGUUGCCUGAAACUCAUGCCCAAGAACAUUGUUAAUCAAGCUCUCAUUGCGAAGGAAGCUGAUUGUGAAUACAAGUGUUUGUCUGCUCUGGCAUUGGUUUGGGUGGCUGAGGCGAAGGCCCAAGACAAGCAACUUCAUGAAAUGCCUAUUGAAGAAGAACUUGCAAAAUAUGCUGAGCUCGAUGCUGAUGUGGACUUCUGCGUUGGCGCAUACAGUCAUGAAUUUCGGUCAUUUUCUGUUGCCAACUCCACCCUUGAUCAAAUUGAGGGUAUCGCUUUGUGUCUUUCCAAGUCCAAAGAGGAACCUCAUGCUGAUUCAGCUUCCUCUGACUUUGACAUCAAUGAUUGA